UUCUGUCACGCUUUAGUCGCACUUAAUUCCUAAAUUUAAUUCAAUUCGCAUUUCAAAAUGGCCACUAACUCGAAGCCGUCGUUUUUUUCGAACCUGAAUGUGAUAACGAUUGGAGACCUUAUCCAAAAGGACCUAGAGAAGGCUUAUUUUCUUCCACAACAACCGUCGUCGUAUUCCAAAGGAUACAGAUUUCAGAAUAGCACCAAAUACCAAGUAUUUGAUUCGCCUCCUCCACCGCUAAGUUUUAACCAGACCUUGUUUCCAUUGCGUAAUCUCGCAACAACCGGUGAUAAAAUUCAAUUGGUCAUGGAAAGUGAACCACCGUCAUAUUUAAAAGAACACUGGAAUAAUACGAUGCCAGAUUUUCCACUGGCAUCGGUGAAAUCUGUGGAUGAAGCGCUACUAGAUGACAUACCUAUUGUCACUUCGGCCGCGCUGCAGAGCAUUCCAGAACACAAACAGAGUAUUCAUCCCGAUCUUAUGUACAAGCUGCAACUGAAAAGCUCUAUACUCGAAAUUGGAGUACCAGUUCCUAAGCACAUGGAAGAAGACUCGAUCAGUUUUCCAUGUGUGGUUAAGGCUGAUAUGGGCUGGUGUGGUCGUGGAAGUCAGAUCGUUCGAGGCGAAGGGGAACUUACCUCCACAACAACUCAUAUCAGAGAUCUCUGCGGUUGGGACGGAAGAAUUGUGUUCCAAGAAUUUAUUCCAGGAGUUAAAGAAGUUCCCAGCUUUCAAUUCCAUCUUAGUAAAUCUGGUGAAAUGUUCUGGGUAGGAACUACGCACGGGAAAUUUGAUGGAUUAAAAUGGAUAGCCGCUACUGUUGAUUGGAGAAAGCAAGAGGAAUACAGAGAUCUUGUGCACGAAGAAUUUACAAUCCCUAUCAAAAACUACCUUCUAAAAAACGGUUACUUUGGUCUCGUUACGUUCGAGGUUUUAUUUACAGAUCACGGAAAGUUCAUGGUUGAUUUAAAUCCACGGGUGGGUGGUGAAACAAGUCACCUUCUUCUCGCUCGGUAUAUGGCAUCGGUGUUUGGUCUGAAGCACUCUGCAAUGUUUUCUGAAAAUACGCACAAUGUCUCCGGUAAGUGGUUGGUUCAGAAGGCGAACGGUCUAAACGAGAAGAUUGAAGGGAGAAUUGUAAUCUUAGCUGUUGCUGACGAGCCUCAUGGCUGUAAUUCAGACGUGUCUGUCUUUGCUCAGAGUGCCGAAGAAGUUCAAGAUAUUUUUGGAACACUCACAAGUUAAAUAAGAAUCGCAAGGAUGGAGAUUUUAUUAGCAUAUUAUUAGCAUUUUCUCUUUUUACAUGAUAUAUACUUUAGUUUCUUCAAUUCUCUCUAUUAUAAUAUAUACUUCAGGAAUGCGCAUCUGAUCAUAGUCAUGUACGGAUGCGCACUAGAAAUGAAUAAAUUAUUAUUAUUAUUAUUAUUAUUACCCUACCCUCGAGACGCAAAAUUUACUCUUGUGUUUCGUUGUAAUCUAAAAUUUCAUGACCUAUGUUACGUCGUAUUAUUCUACAACACUGUUGA